GGCAAAGACGAACAUUGUGUGAGACUGUGGGCUUUCCGUCCCGGAUGACCAUCCCCUCUGCCAUUCCAUUCCUACGUUGACACAUUCAGAGCUAGCCGAGCUAGCUAGGCAGCAACAGUUCAACUAGGCAGAGGUAAAACAGGGUGUGUUUCACACAAAUGGCUCAACAUUUACAAUGAAGAAAAUUAAAUCACCUAUAUCUUGACGACCACUGCGUGCUCAAUGACGGUCUGCCGCGGUCUCAGCGAUUGACAUGGACUCUUGUGAUAAGGAUGUGAAACUGUCAGCCGAAGUGGAGCCGUUUGUCCCACAAAAGAAUGGUCUGGAAGGAGCGCUGGUCACCAUGAGCGUGUCUGGAGGAGGAGAAGGAGGAGGGGGGGUAGAGCCCACCCCAAUCCCCAGUUACCUCAUCACCUGCUACCCUUUUGUCCAGGAGAAUCAAUCCAACAGACAACAGCACCCUAUGUAUAGUGGAGGAGGGGACCUGCGCUGGCAGUGA